AUGCUAGAACCACUGAAAAAUAUCGUCGACAAAGUUCUCAAAUACUCGACUCCUUUUGGGCAUGCUUGGAGCGGACUGCUAUUCUUUUUUCGAUUAUUGCCGACGCUGACGAUUGGGCAAGAGAUUUUUGAUGAUGAGCAGGAGGAAUUUGUCUGUACUUCUGGACAGCCUGCUUGUACAGAGCAAUGUUACAAUGAGUUUUCUCCUAUCAGUCACCAUCGAUUAUGGUCCCUUCAAGUGCUCGUCACAAUCAUUCCAAUUCUUCUCUUCUCAUUUAUCGCCACCCAAGUCCAAGCCAAGCACAAGCUGUACUCUGCCUACGUGAGCUCGUUCGAAGAAAAACAGAGCAAAUCAUCGGCAGCGUCCAAAUCCGCCUCAAUGUUGUCUUCCGAUCAUGACAGAUUUAUUUACGCGCAGGCGAAGAAUAAACUUUCCCAUUAUGAAGUCAAGACGAAGCGAAAUCUCGAUGGCGAAGAAGAAGAAAUCAUCUGGCACCCGGAUGUUAAAAGAUCUUACAUUCUUAUCAGCUUGGUAAAAAUCUGCAUGGAGACUCUUUUUAUCUACCAAUUGUACUUACUGCAAAUGAAACAAACCAAAGCCUCCGGGUUUUUCAAUCGAGAAGUUUGGCUCAUCCCAGAAGAGUACAAAUGCGAUGUCGGGCUUGAAGAUCAUUUUGCUUGCUCUGCGGACACUGAUGUUCCCUGCUACGUUUCCCGCGCUUGGGAGAAGCGAAUUUUCGUCAUUUACUACAUUAUCGUCUCUAUUCUUUCAUUCCUCUUCCUUGUCUUCGACAUCGUCUUCGUCAUUUACCGAAUCGCCGUGACAAGAAGAAGAAAGAAAAAUACCAAGCGAACUCUUCUAGUGCCAAAUGAUACUGAUGACCGCGUUUCUGUAUCAUCAAGACGGGCGAGAAGCCAGCCAAAUUCAAGAGCUCAGUCUCAUCCGCGGCUCAAUAAUCUCUCGCGAUCUACCGAAGAUAUUUUGCUCAAUCGAAAAGAAACAGAAUUUAAGCCUUUUGUUCCCAAAUAA